UUUUGUGUUCAAAUCGAAAGCAUAUUUCGGAUCACGUGAUCAAUUGAUGCUCCACCUAUCAAACUUCAGUGGCUAUGGCAUGAUCACUUGCCCAGAUGAGGAAACUGUUGUGGUGCAUCUAAUAACCAGGGUGGCUUUGCUACUUUACAGGCGACCUAUUACAAACCACCUCCAUCUCCCUCUUCAGGACGGUAGUAUUCAACAAAGUGAUGGAUGAUCUGACAAAGUUGGCCAGCGAGCAAAACGCCGCUUUGGUAGUGUUGAGCUUCCUCCAGGCGGACUGCAGUGACGUGCAGUAUAACAAGGCAGUUUGCUCUUUGGGAAAUGAGCUAACAAAAACUUGGAGGAGCAGUUGCGAAGAAGAUGAUGGAGUCAUUGAAAGUGACGGAUACCUGCCCAUAUCCAACGCGGAUCUCAUCGCAGGCAUGGAGCCUGGGGUGGAGCACUACUGGCCUGGUGGUGAUGGGGAAGCAAGAGACCUGCAGGAGAUUGCAGCCAGACUGAGAGAAAUUGCUGCCCAGUUUCAGCAGAAUGUUGUGGACCAGGCUGCCCAAAACCUGCGCAGGAAUAUCCUGUCCUCACCCAGUGAGCAGUGGCUGGACCUCCUAAAAAGUGAAGUUCAGAGGGCCAUGAUGAUGGUUGGGUUGGAGCAACUGCCCCAGGAGAGGGUCAUCUUGGCCCUCAGCCUCACCCUGAUGAAGCAAGUGUGUGUACACAGCCCACAAUUGCUUCGAGAUCUCUUCAACACCGCGCUGCGGUAUGUCACUCUUCCAAGGCCAAGGUGACUUCAAGUGGGAAGGAUGAGAAAGAAUAAAUGUGAAAUGUUGGCAGGGUGAAAAAAAUGAAAUGUUAAGCCACUUCUCAAAAACGACUGUUGAAAUAUCGUUUUCGACCGUUAGUCUUAUUUUGUAAACAGGAAUGCAACGUUUGUGUAACGUUUGACAUGUGAUUUUGUGAGUUCUAUUUUUGUCAAAUGUUCAUGUAAAAUGAAGAAAAAUUAGAGCACUGUAUGCAUUCAAUUACCUCUACUUUGUAAAAUGUUAAAAUAAAUGGUGUUUUUUUUUAUCAUACCAUCAAAAA